GGCGCCGGAGGCGGAGCCGGGCUGUCCUGCGGGUAGAACGGGCGGGCUGAGGCAGCUACCCCACUAUGGGCAGAACCAUGGGGCUAGCUGGGCUGGUGCUUGGGCUCGUCGUGGUGCCCGCCGUGCUGGUGAGCACCAACCUCCGCCACGGCGGCCUGCGGGCCGAGGCCGAGCCAGAGCCGCCCGGCUGGGAGCUGGUGGCAGACCCCGUCCCCGAGGACUCGCUGUGGCCGCUGCCGCAGUGGGUCCGCACGUACCCUCGCCAGCUGCAGCUAGCGCCCAGCCGCUUCCAGAUGGUGCACGGCGCCGGCUCCUCGGCGGGGCCGGGCUGCGGGCUGCUGCAGGACGCCUUCCGCAGGUACUACGAGUACAUGUUCGGGCAUUCCCGGCGGCGGACGUGGGGCCGCAGGCCGCUGGCUGCCCGAGGGGAGCCCGAGCUGUUCCAGCUGCAGGUGGUGAUCGAGGCGGGGGACCCUGGCUGUGACGGGCACCCGCACCUCAGCUCCAGCGAGGCCUACCAUUUAACUGUAACUGAGCCUGUGGCUGUACUGAAAGCUUCUGAGGUGUGGGGUGCUUUAAGAGGUUUGGAAACCUUCAGCCAGUUGGUUCAUGAAGAUGACUAUGGAAGUUUUCUUGUCAAUGAAUCUGAAAUCAAUGACUUCCCAAGAUUUGCUCAUAGAGGAGUCUUAUUAGAUACUUCAAGGCAUUAUUUACCAUUGAAAUCUAUUCUUACAAACCUGGAUGCCAUGGCUUUUAAUAAGUUCAAUGUUCUCCACUGGCAUAUAGUAGAUGAUCAGUCCUUCCCUUACCAGAGCAUUUAUUUCCCUGAAUUAAGUGAUAAGGGGGCAUACUCCUCUAAUCUCAUCUAUACUCCUACUGAUGUCCGUCUGGUGAUUGAGUAUGCCCGGUUAAGAGGCAUCAGAGUUAUCCCAGAGUUUGAUACACCAGGACAUACACAAUCUUGGGGAAAAGGUCAAAAAGAUCUUCUCACUCCUUGUUACAAUGGAGGACAGCCAUCUGGGUCCUUUGGACCUAUAAAUCCUGUUUGGAAUACAACUUAUGACUUCAUGGCUAAGUUCUUAAAAGAGAUCAGCAGUGUAUUUCCAGAUGAAUUCAUUCAUUUGGGAGGAGAUGAAGUGGACUUCACUUGUUGGAAAUCUAACCCUGAAGUGAAAGAGUUCAUGAAGAAGCAAGGAUUCGGCACUGACUAUGCUAAACUGGAAUCUUACUAUGUUCAGAACAUUUUGGACAUUGUUUCCUCCUACAACAAAGGACAAAUGGUCUGGCAAGAAGUGUUUGAUCACAAAGCACAGCUGAAACCAGACACCGUAGUUCAAGUGUGGAUGGCAAAUAACUACGCUCAUGAACUGAGCAGAGUCACUGGAGCUGGGCUCACUGCUGUCCUGUCAGCACCCUGGUACUUAGACUACAUUAGUUAUGGGCAAGACUGGAAGAAAUACUACACUGUUGAACCGCUUAACUUCCCUGGAUCUGAAAAACAGAAGAAACUUCUAAUAGGUGGAGAAGCCUGCCUGUGGGGGGAAUUUGUGGAUGCAACUAACCUGACACCAAGAUUAUGGCCUCGAGCAAGUGCUGUUGGGGAAAGACUCUGGAGUAGCAGCAAUGUGACCAACUUGCAGGAUGCCUACAAAAGGCUAACUAAUCAUCGAUGCCGCAUGCUCCGCCGUGGCAUAGCAGCAGAACCAGUGUUUGUUGGAUACUGCGCCCAUGAAGCAAGAGGGCCCUAAGUGCUGCAAAGAUUUCUUGUCAACAGCCUGAAGUGCCUCUGGGCAUCCCUUCCAGCUCGGCGUGCUGCAGCGAUGGCUGAAGCCUUGGAUGACACUAUGGUAUCUCCAGUGGCACUCUACAGAUCAACACCGAAGUGAUGUAAAACAAAACAAAACCCCAAACCCCCAAACUCAAAAUGUAUGCCAAAACUGGUUACAUUUUAGAAACUCUGUGCAAAUGAGAGUCAUGCAGGCAGUAAGAAAUUAUUAAACUAAUAGAAGCAAGCAUAAAACACAUUUAUUUAAACUUGAAACUGUUGCUUUUGGGUAACUGAUUUGGAACAUCAUUCUCAUUCCCCUUCCCCACAGGAGGUCUCUGUGACAUUACACUGUAUUUUUAGAGUUACAGUACUAAUAAAAGCUCAAACCCUAACAAAAUACACCUUCAGCUUUCAGUCCUUUCCAAUCAGCACUGCAGCUUCCAGGUCAAUUACUGAUAUUUGUACACUGUGGUAUUUAAUUUUAGGAGGAA